AUGGGAAUUUUAUCAGUUUAUCAUAAAUUUAAUGUAAAGGUUUUAUCCUUAGCCAUCCUCGUUUGUUGCUGUCAAGGAGCAUUUUGGGAAACAACAGACGACGUUUAUGCAAGUAAGUGAUAGAGAAAACAUGUCGAUAAGUUAGCAGGUCUCAUGUUGGACUUGGUUGGUGCCCUUGUCUGAGUUUCAGUCUCUGUCAAGUUCAGUAAAAAUUAUAUAAGUUUCUAGCUUCUAACAACGACGGAAAGGGACGGAUAGUUUACUUAUUCUAUUCCAUUUCAAGUACGAAUGCAGUCUGGCUGUAUAAUGCCUAAAAAAUUACCUACAUUCUAGUCACAGGCUUCUGCUACAUUCAAAACUAAACAAGGCAGAAUUUUGAAAAGCAGAAAUUCAGUGCCAAGGUUAAAGAUAGAGAUCACGCAAUGUAGAUCAGAGCAGAAAUCAACUGAAGUAGUAAAUCGCAGAUGCGGAAAACUUCAAAGCAGCGGAAGACGACAGAAUGAAUUGAAGCAUGAGGUCAACGUGGUUUGCUUAUACUCAGUAUCCAGACCUAUCCAUAGUGUCAUCAUGUGAUCACAAGACUUGGUUAACAUGAAAAUAGGUAUAGAAAAAUUCCAAAACGAAGAGCAAAAAUUAAGAAAACGGAACGUCACGUUUUCUUUGCUUGUACAGUCAGUUUUUGUGCUUUCCAACGAACUGGUCAGAAAGAAUUGCUCAAAGAAUUCGUUUGCCUCUCUCAAUGAAAUCAACGGGUAAGGACGAAAAUCCUUGUAAGCCACUUUCUGAGAUACUUUGCGAGGACCAUGUUGAGGAAAAUGAGUGAGCAAUAGAAUUCACAUCUUGCACACACAGAUAGAGAAUUUUAACGCGGGAUUUACUUCGCCUUCACCGCCCGCUAAGCGGUGAGAAGCAAAUUGGCACACAUAACACACAGCUCUGUGCUACAUGAUGUGGUGAUCUUAUCACAUAACGUAUGUCUGUAAAUAAAGUUAUAUAUUACGUAUUAGCCGUAAGACAUGUGGUAAGUACUGCGGAGCCUCUACUCAGGGGACGCCUUUGGGAAAGGGACAGAGUCCCUUAAAGAGGGUUUUCCUUCAAUAGAGGUAGUGGAUACAAAGAUUGUACAUUAUAGAGCCUCCAUUUAGAGGACACCAUCGACACCAGGACAAGAGUCCCUUUAAUGGAAUUUUCCUUCGUAAAAAGGCAGCUGCAUUAAACAAAGAUCGUGUCUAGUUUUUCUCUCCACUGUUUGAAUGGAGUGGCCCCCUUAAUGGAGAGACUUCACUGUAUGUAAUAUUGGUCAGACAAAAAAAGUUUUUUAUUAUACAAAUAAGGUCCGUGGUCAACGCUUUAGAAUCCCCCGGGUUUUAAGACUGAGGUUCAUUAUCAAUCGAUAAGUAUUUUCGAUUCUAAUAUCAACCUCUUUUGUCAUUUAUUUACAUUUGCACGUUUUGCUUGCUAACACAAUGCUGUUAACUCAAAUGCUUUGAGUACAGGAAAAAUAAAGAUUUUGAGGCUAGAAAGUGAAAUAACAAAUAAAAGGAUUUAUGCAAGUAAAAUUCUUCUGGUCUUAAGUGUUUCAGACCAUCCCACCGAUCCAGGAAAUACGGCAAAAACUGAUGAGAUACUUCCUUGACCGUCAAGAUGACUCAAGAGGCAAGCGAUAUAUUUCAUAUCACGACAUUGUGUUCGUUCUCGACUCAUCCAACUCCAUAAGUGAGGCCGAUUUCAAUCUCAGCUUAACCGCAGCCCAAGGUCUGGUGACGCGAUUUGACCCAGAUACAAUGUUUGCUGCAGUAACCAUAAGCACAAAUGCUUCCGUCAACUUUAAUUUUAAGUCGACCAAGGUAAGAAAAACAAAGGUAUAAACGGCCCUAAGGAUUUGAGGUUAUCACAGGUUGUUAAUAAUGGCAAUAGGGUGUGUUAAUCACAGACUAAAAUAGCACAAUGCCACUAGUGAGCUUAGCGACACCACAACGACGACGGAAACGGGAAAAACUGUCAGCAAAAAAACUCUGAACGUGCAACACACUUUUUGGCGGGUUUCUUUGCCGUUAUUGCACGCUGCCGUUGUUAAAUUUGAUUGAAAUGGUAACGAUCGUCGCGACUUCGAUUUCGUCGGAAAUACUCAUAUAGAGGCUCAAUUAACAUUAAAUGAUCAUUCAGUUCAUUCUUUGCAAAUUAGGCGGUCUUGGUGAAGGAUAAUAAACAGAGGAAAGUACUGCUUAGUAGCUUUCAUUUAAAUGCUCACACUUUGAAUUUCACUCACAAAUUCUUGAGUCAGGAACCUUUGUAAAGAAAAAUAAUCGGAAUAAAGUACUGCUCAGUAUCAAUCAUUUGAAUCGGAUCACACUUCAUUCCGUAGUUAGUGUAGAGGAGACUGGUUAUGAAAUCUGUCAGACUUCACAGUUGAAAGUAACGAGGCUGUAGUUCAUGUUGGAAGCUCCCUGACGGCGCUAAACCUCCCUUCUUUACCCUUCUCUUGGUCCCUUGCGCGUCGUCACCAGUCACUCGCGUUUCGCGCGCGCCUCUUUGCCAAACCAUGCGAAAAACGAAGCGCCAGAGGAGGAGGAGGUUGAUCCUUUGUUUUUUUGUUCACAAAUUGUGACUGAAUAAAUCAAUGCAAUGUUUCCGUUGGUCAGAAAGUUCAAAACGAUGGGAAUGCUAUUAAACGUUGUGCAUGGUCAGGUACAAAAAAGCUAACAAAAAUAUAAAAAAGGAAUCUAACGGGUUUCAUAACCAUUCCACUUUAAUAAAUACGUUCAUUCUCAGCGGACCGUACAAACGUUAAAGCCACCUUAUCAGCAUAAUAAACAGUACUUUGAUGCACUUCAGGGCCUUAUGCUGGCUCAAAUGCUGGUCCUAUCAAGUACUAUAGUACUAUACAGUAAAUAAUACCACAUAAAAGAGGCCUGAUUAAAAGCCUUUGUUACUUUUUUUUCCAGCCUGCUAUUGAAAGCAUUGGCAAAAUUCAAUAUCAAGGGGGCAAGAAAAACAUCUUAAAUGCCUUAAAAAAGACGCUUAACGUGUUAUCUCUGAACGCUGACUCGGGUGUUCGCGCCGGAAGUCGGAAACGCGUGUUACUGGUGACUAACGGACCAGAUGAACGGAACCUGAAUGAUACGGAAAAGCUACAAAAGAUCAUUUGGACAGCAAUACAGUUACGAAUUCGAGGACCAGAAGUUUUUGUAGUGGUUGUUGGCUAUAAGAUACCAAGAAUUGAAGAGCUUAUUCAGAUAGCAAGUUCGACCGACACACACUUCUAUCGUGUAUCUGACAUGCUUUCUUUCAAACAAAUAGUGGAUGGGAUCCCUGUUCAUAUUGCUUACCAAGAACAAAACUUGGGCAAAUAG